AGCCGGUUUGCACCGCGUGUGCUCGCUGCGAGUCGCGUGCAAUCCUAACCUCUCUUCAGUUCAGUUCGCUUCGGUCUCCCGCUGCAGUCGCGUCGUCUCGCCCGUCCACGUUGCGUUCCGUUUACUCGUCCUCUCGAUCCGCUUCUUUUUUCGGCGUCUGCUUCUUCCACUCGCGCGAAUGGUUUCGACCCGGUGGGAAGGAUUCGUGGCCCUCAUGAACUCGCUAGGAUUCCGCGACAGCUUCGCCGAGGACGUGCUCGCCGCCAAGAUGAUGACACAGUACUGCAACUUGGUCCACUAUUUCAACACCAUGAAGAACACCUCGUUAUAGGGCCGAAAACACCACGACUCUCGUGUUUGUGAAGGAUUUGCGUUCGAUUUUGAGUUGCACGACUCGCGCUUUAGAUUCAGCUCGUGUUUGUGAAGGAUUCGCGUUCGAUUUUGAGUUGCACGACUCGCGCUUUUGAUUCAGCUCGUGUUUGUGAAGGGUUCGCGUUCGAUUUUGAGCUGCACGACUUGCGUUUUUGAUUCAGCUCGUGUUUGUGAAGGAUUCGCGUUCGAUUUUGAGCUGCACGACUUGCGUUUUUGAUUCAGCUCGUGUUUGUGAAGGAUACGCAUUCGAUUUUGAAUUUCGCGCCGUUGAGUGUCGUCGAUACCUUCGAAAGUGCGUUGUCGUAAAAUUCUCCUAGAAAGUCUCGUUCCGAGUAUGGCUCGAGCGUCUAACACUCGAUGCUCGUGAAAAGUUUGUGUUGGAUUUUGAAUUUCGCGCCACGAGCUGCUGUCGAUACCGCCGAAAGUGUGUCAAUGAAAAACUAUUGAAACGACAACCCGUGGGUUUGAUCUGCUGGUGUUUGUGAAAGAAACACGCUCGAUUUUGAACUUCGCGCCACUGAGAAUCUUCGAUACCAUCGAAAAAGCGUCAUCAAUAAACUGAUCGAAAUAAUCUCUCGAUUUUCCCUGGUCGAUCCCCGCAUUGUUUGAAUUGUGACUUUUCCAACGCACGAAGCUCGCGCUGAGUCAGCGUUUCCAUAGUUUGCUGACGCCGUGAAUUUCCCGAGCUCUUUGAAUAUUUUCAUCGGAGAAUUUGAACGCAGCCUCAAAGCAGAAAAUAUCUGCUUCGGUUAUUGUUCUAACUUCAGCUGUUUAUUGUGAUUUAUAAUCCCUGCCGAAAAGAUACUUCCAAGCUGAAAAUUACGGUCGAACAUAUUCGCAUAUUUUAGCAACUUAGUUUCGAAAUUAGUGCCAGCCUCCGGUAUUCUCAACAAUUUUCAACUCCUUCAAUCGGGAUAAACCAUUGUGACUCGAAGAGUACAAGUGAAAUUUCGGGGAGUGAAAUGGAAAUACAAUACUUAAAAUAACAGCGAAGCGAUAGUGAUAACAACCGUUAUCUCGCAUCUAAAAAAGUACCCUCUGUUUUAUCUUUCAUCAUUCCAUUUGUUGACAAUUUUACGAGCAACUUUUAGGCACUACUUAAAACCUUAAAACUGCGCGAAAACCUGAGCUGUAAUAUCUCCAAGGAGGUUUUAUUUAAUUUUUCCCCACCUCGACGAACAGUGUCCAUCUUCGUGUAAGAAUUGAUGUUUUGAAACGAAUUAUUACCGCUCAACAGGAGAAAAAAAGACACAAUUCAGACAAUCGUGCGUCCUUUCUUGCUGAGAAGAAACUUUCCCGUCAAACCUGCAAAGUUUUUUCGCGAGUUUACAGCGAUUCUUCAUUCACGACCCCUUUUGAAAUUAUUCAAUUUUCCCCGAGUUGUAAAUCAUCCCACUUCCCGUUCCAUCUUUAGUUCAUAAACGUGUGUUCGCAACUUUGACGGCUAUAAAAACACAAAAUCGUGUGAUAGUUGUUUAUUUCCCACGGAAUCCGCGCGGAGUGCGCGUCAAAUCGCUCGCUCACGUCAGCUGCCGCGGCACCUGUUGCUCGCCCGACGGGGCCUUGACACGCGCGGUCCAGCGAGGCUGCGCCCGGCUCUGCCGCAACCCGCCAUCUCGCGCCUGUCGCGGCUGCAACCCGCCUUCCCGCGCCCGACUCGGCUGCAACCCGGCAGUCCGCGAUGACGUCCCGCAACGCGACGGACGUGAAGGCGAAGCUGCCCGUGGAGGUGGACGACGAGAAGGUCCAGCUGAAGCGGAAGAUCACGCUGCCCAACGGAGUGGCCCUCAUCGUCGGCACCAUCAUCGGCUCCGGCAUCUUCGUGUCCCCCACCGGCGUCUUCCAAUAUACCGGGUCAGUGGGCUCGUCGCUGGUGAUCUGGACGCUAUGCGGGAUCUUCUCGACGAUCGGGGCCCUGUGCUACGCGGAGCUCGGGACUUGCAUCUCGCGUUCGGGCGGCGACUACGCCUACAUCCUCGAGGCGUUCGGCCCGCUGCCGGCCUUCCUCCGCCUAUGGUCGGCCCUCCUCAUCAUCCGGCCCACCACCCAGGCCAUCGUCGCCAUCACCUUCGCCCAGUACGCCGCCAAACCCUUCUUCCCAGGGGACUGCAAACCCCCGGAGCAGGCCGUCACCAUCCUCGCUGCCGCCUGCCUUUGCCUACUGACCUCCAUCAACUGUCUUAGCGUGCGAUGGUCCAUGCAAGUUCAAAGCGUCUUCACCACCGCGAAACUCUUCGCCCUGGCUGCCAUCGUUUUCUUCGGCGUCGGUCACAUCCUGCUCGGUAACACGGAAAACUUCGAUCAUGCCUUCGACGGGGAUUACAACCCAGCCAACAUCGCACUUGCCUUUUAUUCGGGUCUCUUCGCGUUUGGCGGAUGGAACUAUCUUAAUUUCGUUGUGGACGAGCUACAAGAUCCUUUCAAGAAUCUACCGCGAGCUAUAUGGAUAGCGAUGCCGAUCGUAACAAUUGUGUAUGUGACAGCAAAUCUGGCCUACUUUGCCGUGGUCCCUGCUCAUGAAAUGCUCACCUCGCCAGCUGUUGCAGUCUCAUUUGGGGACCGUAUGUUCGGACAAGCACGCUGGGCUGUCCCUGUUUUUGUGGCCUUGUCAACAUUUGGAGGAGUGAAUGGUAUUUUGUUCACAUCAGCUCGUCUGUUUGUCACUGGUGCUCAAGAGGGACAUCUUCCUCCAAUAUUCUCCUUCAUACACGUAAAAAGAUGCACUCCAAUUCCUUCCCUUCUCUUCACAUGUUUUAUGUCUCUCUUAAUGUUGUGUUCUACCAAUGUAUUUGUUCUGAUCAACUACUUCAGUCAAGUUUUGUGGCUGUCAGUUGGAGUAUGCAUAGCAGGUCUCUUGUACUUGCGCCACACCAAACCUGACAUGCCACGCCCCAUCAGAGUGCACACAGCUCUACCCAUUAUGUUCCUCAUUUGCUGUGUCUUCUUGGUGUCUGUGCCUGUCGUGGCAGAGCCAUUUAACACAAUCGUUGGAUUACUUAUAAUUCUCUCUGGAGUGCCUGUGUACUACAUUGGUAUCAAAUGGAAGACAAAACCAUUCGCAUUGAAAUCAGCACACAAUGACUUCACUGUUUUCUUACAAAAAGCACUAUUCGUGCUGAGCCCAGAAGAGUCAGAAAAUCCUGUCAGUCUCUAGGCUAGCAAUGGAUGAUGGAGGAAUUCUAAACAGCUUGGAUCCAACUCUUAGCUUGUUUGCUCUCACAUCUCUAGAGGUUAAUGUCAUCUGCAUUGAACAUCUUGGAGGAAAAUGAUCUCAAUUGGUUAAGAGUAUUAAUUUUGUAUUUCAACUUCAAUUGCCCGACAUACCAUCUGUUCAACUUUUACGUUAAAACCAACACAAAAAUGAAGUGUUUCUUAUUUUUUAAUCUUGCCAUGAGGCUCCUCUCACUUAUCUGGUGCUCAUCCUCUCUUAUUGCUGCAGCUUUUUAUUAACAGCUGAAAUUCUUCACUCAGAUAGUUGGCAUAUUUUUGUAUGGUUAAUCUCUGCAAUUAAGGCACUCAUCAAGCUUUAGCCAUGAUGCUUAUAUAUUUCAUUUGCAUAAAUUAUUUUUAAUCUCUGGCCACUAAUUUUUUUUUUUUUUUUUUUUUUUUUUUUUUUUUUUGGUGCUACAUAUUUUGAGGAGCAUUUUGUUUAACGAGGAGACUGAGGUAAUAAUAGGACAAAUAAAGUUUCCGACUAUGUGCAUUUUUUUUAAAGUAUUAUUCUCCUUGCAGAAUGUUAGUGAUCUUUAACUUUUUUAGUUGUCCUAUAAAGUAUGAUUAAAUCAUAAGGUGACUUGAAUUUUUUAAAAUUUUACCUAACUUCAUGUGGCAAAUAUAUUAUUUGUAAGUUUUAGAAUGUGGGUUUGUUGAAAUUGGUCUUAUGCAUUAGUUUUAUUCUGCUCGGAAAAAAAUGUUAAAUUCCAAAACAAACCUUUUUUCCUGUGGUAGCUCAAAGUGCUGGAGCGGACGAGGGUUAACUAAUGUGUUAUUUUAGUUUUAAAUUAUUUUUGUAUCGCCAUGGUUCAGUUUUUGGAAUCCAGCUCAUGCAUUUCAGUUUUAUGAUUACAAAUUGUAUUUUAAAAUCAAA